UGUGGAUCGACCGGGGAACUUUUGUCUCGUUUCCUGACCUUGACUUCCCAUUUUGGGCAGGCGGGCUUUUGGAUUACGACCUGUAGAUUGAUGCCGUGUCCUUCGAAAUCUCUUGUAAUACGGCAUGCGAACGUACAGUUCGUUGUAUGGCCUCGUGUAAUACAAAUGGGCUUCUGAAGUAUUAUGCAGAUGUCAUUCUAAAUGGGGAUAACCUUAUUUCACUUACUCAACCCCACAAUAGUUUUGAUAACAACGAUUCUACUGAAAGAAAAUAUACUAAUAUAAUGGCUCCUCGGACAGAUCCUUCCUUUGUUUCAAUGCCCGUGCAAGUAAACGGUACUUCCGAUGCUAUUAAAAACGAUAGUACAAUGGGAAAUGAGGCUGAACAGUCUGUUUCUUCUGAACAGGUUUCAGCUGAUAAAUCACAGAGUUGUCUUGCUACCGACAAUGAGACAUUAAUUCCAAGCUCACAAUCUGAUCAUAUUUCCACAAAGCUUCAAAAUCAAACUGUUUGCGACAAAUUAAUUGAUUAUGAGAGAACUCUUCAAAAUCAUUCUUUGCUCACACAACGUUUAUCUGUCUGUUCUCAGCGUUUAUUUCAUAAUCGCACUAGAGCCCUCAGUUUAUUAACACGGUUGCUCGCCUGCAACUCUUCUGUAUCACAAGAUGAAUUACUUUCCAGCGAUUCUUUGCCUAGCAUUAUAUCACCAAACUUGACGUAUGAAGAUACAGAAAGUAGUACUGACGACGAAGCUGAAAUGAAGAAGGCUUUGUCCAGCUCUAAACAGUCUUGGUUAUACACUCGUUCCGUAACGCAUUCAAACUGGCAUUGGUUAUGUACAGAAAUAAAACAUGCUGAAAAAUGUUUACAAAAUCUUUAUAUGUUAAAAAAUAACUCUGAUCAGGAAAAGUUAUCUCAGUAUCAAAGUAAUAGUAAUAACAUUGAAAAUGAUGCAGAAGUUAGCUGUUCUCGUACAUCUCCAUACAUAAAUACCAAACGGAAACGACAUACUUAUCACAAUCUCUCAUCACCUAAAUGCGCUAGUGUGAUACAGGAACUACGCAAACAUUCACUUAGUGAUCCUCACAUUAAAUGCUCUUGCAUUCCUCCAUUUAUUGGACCAUGCAUCUUAUGCUGUGGAUCUGAACCAAGUACUAGUCACACGGAGUUGGCAAAUAAAUCAGAUGAACGUGAUUUACUUAUGUCAGCCCACUCGUUAUGUAGUCAUAUUCAUCCUAAAUUGUCAAUUCCAGGAGGUUGGUUUUAUUAUUUUAUGGUUUAUGUCAGAUUUCAUGUAUUUCUAUUUUCAAACUAGUCGUAUCCCUGUGAAUGUAAAUAAAAGUUGUUUAGUCACUUUUUUAUCCAUACUAAGUUUCGGAAAUAUUCAUUUUCUUUUCCGUCCAUCGACUAAUGAUAAAUUCAUUGGUGUAAAUGGAUAUUCUGGAUAUCAAUUCUCACUAACUCCUCUGUUUUAGAUGUUUGUAUCCGACCAAAUAGUCAGUAUUAUACUGCUAACCUUAAUCAGUUUUCCUAUUUUUGAGUAAACCCUAGGUAUUAUGUAAAAAGUAACUCUGUAGGAUUUAGACUGCUGGUACUGCAAGUAUUUAGAUUCUCAUAAUCAAAUCCCACUGCAUGACAUAAAUACAUUCUAAAAGUGGAGUAUAUAUUUUUAUUUCCGCAAAUCAAAAAAUGGAAGGUAUGUGUUUAUAUAUAUGAGCUCCAUAAAAGAACAUUUUCAUAUUCCCUGCAGUUUGAUGAAUUUUGGAAUAGGGGAUGACAUGGAAAGAUGUCCAACUAGGUCUUCGUUUAGAAUCCCGUCUCGCUGCAUAUUCAUCAGUUCAUUUCCGACCCCAUAAAGCCACUGUGCAUCGUGUUCAACCGUGGGACAAACCAAAUUGCCUUCAGCCAUUAGAGCCUAUUAAUCGCCAUACACCUAAUACAUCUAAGCUUAGCACUCAAUCCAAUCAACCAACAGUAAAACCACCAAAAUGUCCGCCGUCACAGACAAGAAAUUCUCAUUUACGCAAACGCAGAUUACUGUCGUCUAAAAGCUCACGUACUUAUCCUUUAUCAUCAGCACAUUCAGUGACGUUACCUCCUAAAACUCCAAGAUCUGUACAGAACUCCAACAAUAACAGUAAUAAGAAUAAAACUGAAGAGCAAUAAAUCAAGAUAAAUCUCAAUUACAUUAUGUAAUCCUCGAAAUAUUUGUGCUUUUUCUGUCCAUUAUAUGUGUAUUGUAUAUGCUUGUGACAUAGAUUAUUAGAUUUCCUUUAUAUAUAUAUAUUCUCAUACCUGUGUAACCUUUCUUUUUUAUUAUUACUAUUAUCCGGUAAACAAUUAUUUAUUGUCUGUUUACAUCUGCAUGUAUGCAUGUAUUAUUAUUACUAUUACAUAUUUAUAUACAUAAGUAUAUAUUAUGGUGAACUUGUAUUGAACGCAUUUAUUAUAUCUAGUCCUUCACUGUAAUUUUCAACAGUAAAUUAUCUUCAUGAUGGGGAAGGUUUUGGUACAUUUUUCAUUCCUUAAUCUCUAGAAGAGACCAACUAAAAUUGACUGUUGUGUCUGUUCGCUUUAUAAAUCAGAUAAAAAUGACAAAAUAUUAUUAACAAAUCUUUCAUAUUUCUUACUAUAAUCAUUAUUAUUAUUAUUAUUGGUAUUAGUAGUAGUAUCUUUCUAUCACAUCACAAAAGACCAUUUUUAUCUUAUUUCUAUUUACGGAUUAAUGAAUUUUUGUAUCAUGUUCUUCUCAUUCUCUUUUUUCAAAUUCGAAAAUUGUAUUAAUCUGAACUGUUUUAUAUUUGCAAUAGCGAGGAUAACAUACAUUUUUUUCGGUUUAUAAAGAAAGUGUGUUAAUCGCUUCCUGUUGUUGUUGUUGAUGUUGGUGUUGUUGCUGUUUUUCUUUAGAAAGAAAAACUCUAUUGUUAAUUAUAUUUUUCCUCUUCCUUCAACCAUUUCUCAUCGUUUUACUAUUGUAUAACAACAGAGGUCUGUAUAUUUUUCUUUCUUUUUUUUAUUAAAAAAACUGUAUAUUCUUAUUCAAUAAUCUAAUCAGUGCAAUUUCCGG